AUGGCAUUUUUCCGUCAAUCGUUUCAAAGAGACACUGUCUCACUGGCAGGAUUGUGUGUGGUGGUGCUCACCGAAAGCAUUGAUGCUACCUCGAUCGCGGUCGCCCUGCCUACCAUUGCAGAAGCAGUCUCAGCCUCCACAACUGCAGCGUACAGCUUGGGAACGAGCUUCCUGGUUGCGCUGACUCUGUGCCAACCAGUCUUCGCUUCUGGGUCGGACGUAUUCGGUCGCAAGCCUGCGCUUUUAUGUGCGCUUGUCGUCUUCCUUGCGGGUGCGGUGGUGGCAGCGGUCUCGAAGAAUGUGGCCGUCCUUUUGUUGGGCCGGGUCCUUCAAGGAAGCGGGGGAGCUGGCGUCAUGGUCCUUGCCGUCAUCGUAUUAUCAGACAUCUUCCCGUUGGGAGAGCGGGCGAAAUAUGUGGGCGUGAUGAACGCAGUCUGGGCUGUAGGGAGCGUCUCCGGACCUGUUCUAGGUGGUGCGCUUGCACAGGUAUCCUGGAGAUGGAUCUUCUGGAUCAACAUCCCCCUUGUCGUUCUCAGCAUCACGAGUAUCGCGGCCUUCUUGCCUAGGAGAGCCGCGGACAUUCCGCUGUGGACCAAGCUGGGACACAUUGACUAUGUCGGCAUUGUCAUGUUCCUUACCUUUGGAGUGUCAUUCUUCCUACCGCUGGUCUUUGCCGGUAUCAUCCGUCCUUGGUCAUCGUGGGAAAUUUUGGUUCCUUUGCUGGUGGGCAUUGCAGGCAUGGUCUUGUUCCUAGGGUAUGAGAAGAAGGUCGCAAAGGAACCCAUGCUCCGUCUGGCCGUGUUUGCCAACCGUACGGCGAAUGUUGGACAGUUCGGCAUCUUCGUCCAUGGCGUCUUGCUUUGGACCCUAGUAUACUAUUUGCCGCUGUACUAUGAAGGCGUCAAGGGCUACAGCCCGCUCAUAACCGGGCUGGCCGUCUUUCCGGAAACUUUCACCGUAGCCCCAGCCGCAGUGGUGACCGGUUUUUACAUCAGUUCGACAGGUCAAUACAGGUGGGCGGUCUGGGCCGGAUGGUUUCUCACCACGUUGGGUUACGGACUGUUAUGCUUGCUGAAACCGGGGACCACAGUCCCUAGCUGGAUUUUUUUGAACCUCGUCGCAGGUCUUGGGGUGGGCAUGUUAGUCCCGGCCUUGUCGAUUACGGUACAGGCGGCCACUCAGGGUACAAACGUUUCCCACACGAUUUCGAUGUAUGCUUUGGUCCGCGCCAGCGGGCAGGCGUGCGGUGUCGCGAUCGGAACGGCCAUUUUCCAGACUCAAUGCAAAAGUGUACUGGCGGGUAUGUCGGGCGUCAAUCUUACCGCGGAAGCCCUGAUCCGAGAGAUUCAACAAUUCUCAGGAACUCCGGACCAGCUGGAUGAGCUUCAAGAGGCGGUUGUGCGGUCAGUUCGCAUUGUCUGGGCAUCAGGCUGUGCAAUGGCCGCCCUCGCCGGCGUCGCUUCGAUCUGGAUCAAACCCUACGCGUUGAGAAGCAAGCCUCAAGCUGGGGAGGCCGGUGUUGAGACCGCCGCGAGUUAA